AUGGGUCACCAACAGCUCUACUGGAGCCAACCGAGAAAAUUCAGUCAAGGUCCUUGCUCUUGCUGCAUCUGCUCAAACCUGCAUAGUCCGAUCCAGAAAUACAGCCUCAGUAUGUGCCGCCAGUGCUUCCACCAGUAUGCGAAGGAUACUGUCUUCAUUAAGUUGGACUAA